GAACGUUUGCGAAUGUGCUGGGCGGCAGGCAAAAGUGUUUUUUUUUAAAAAAACUGAUUUGUUCUUCUCCAGAAAGGAAACAGGAUUUAUUGUAAGAAGUCUUUCCCGUAGAAUUUCCAUUGCGUACAACUGAGGAAAAUAUUUUCUCGACUGUAGAAAUAAUAACGGGCUUUAAAGAUAUUUUAAACUGUUAGUUAGCCUGCCUAGCGCUUGCUGAUUUCUGUCAUACGAGCUAAGUAGCUGUCGUAAAACAUUUUCAGGUUUUGUUUUUCCUCACGCUUUGCGUUUAUUGAAAUAGGGUUUACGUUUCUUAAGGCGGCCACCAACACGGUUGCCUUACUUUGACAUAUUAUUAGUGCUUACUGCGGAUUAGAAAAGCCUUUGAGCGCGUAUUCGCAAGGCAGCGCUGCAUUGUGAUUGUCAAAUCGGGUGUUUUGAUUGAGCAUCGACGAAGUGUUCGCGGGAGCGUGCGGCGGGUGGAGGACAGCAAUCUGACUCUGAGGCAGCACAGACCCGGCCGCGGGGCGCGCGCCGCGCUCUCCGACUCCUGCCCUCGCACGAGGACGAGGUUCCCUGGCAACACAUCUCUCCCCAUCUUCCCUCCAGCCCUUCUUCACGUAGUUACAAAUCACAAAAAAAAUUGCAGAAAUUCUUCCCGCUCCCCAAGUCGGCUGUGUUCAGCUGAAAUAGAGGGACUGGCCCGUUCCUGGUGGCACCCUUCUAAGUGCGCCUGUGUCCUGUCUGCACUCGGUGGGAGGGGAGCGCCUGGCCAUGUCCUCCAUCCUGCCAUUCACCCCACCUGUGGUGAAGAGGCUGCUGGGUUGGAAGAAGUCUGCAAGUGGUUCAGGUGGGAGCGCUGGCAGCGGAGGUGGUGGGGAGCAGAAUGGUCAGGAGGAGAAGUGGUGCGAGAAGGCCGUGAAGAGCCUGGUAAAGAAGCUGAAGAAGACCGGUCAGCUGGAUGAGCUGGAGAAGGCCAUCACAACGCAGAACUGCAACACCAAGUGUGUCACCAUCCCCAGCAAUUGCUCUGAAAUAUGGGGACUGAGCGCACCAAAUACAAUAGAGCAGUGGGACGCGUCAGGCCUGUACUGCUACACUGACCAGACCAGAUCCUUGGAUGGGAGACUUCAGGUGUCUCACCGCAAAGGUCUGCCCCAUGUCAUCUACUGCCGUUUGUGGCGCUGGCCUGACCUGCACAGCCACCACGAGCUGCGGGCUAUCGAAGCCUGCCAGUACGCCUUCAACCUCAAGAAGGACGAAGUAUGCGUAAACCCCUACCAUUAUCAGCGGGUGGAGACACCAGUCCUCCCACCAGUGCUGGUUCCAAGGCACACAGAGAUCCUAACAGAACUGCCACCGCUGGAUGACUACGCCCACUCCAUCCCUGAGAACACAAACUUCCCUGCCGGCAUCGAGCCGCCAAACAACUACAUCCCAGAGACUCCACCUCCUGGUUACAUCAGUGAGGAUGGAGAAACCAGUGACCAGCAGAUGAACCAAAGCAUGGACACAGGUUCUCCAGCCGAGCUGUCGCCCAGUACGCUUUCUCCUGUCAAUCACAGCAUGGACCUCCAGCCAGUGACAUACUCAGAGCCAGCCUUUUGGUGCUCCAUCGCCUACUAUGAACUGAACCAAAGGGUGGGCGAGACCUUCCAUGCAUCUCAGCCCUCACUGACGGUAGAUGGCUUCACAGACCCCUCCAACUCUGAGCGCUUCUGUCUGGGUCUGCUUUCCAACGUGAACCGCAACGCAACUGUGGAGAUGACCAGAAGACACAUAGGGAGAGGAGUCAGGCUGUACUACAUCGGAGGGGAGGUAUUUGCAGAGUGCCUGAGUGACAGUGCCAUCUUCGUCCAGAGCCCCAACUGCAACCAGAGGUACGGGUGGCAUCCGGCAACGGUCUGCAAGAUCCCCCCAGGGUGCAAUCUGAAGAUUUUCAACAAUCAGGAGUUUGCUGCCUUGCUGGCCCAAUCGGUGAACCAGGGCUUUGAGGCUGUGUAUCAGCUCACCAGGAUGUGCACUAUCCGCAUGAGUUUUGUUAAAGGCUGGGGGGCUGAGUACAGACGGCAGACUGUGACAAGUACGCCCUGCUGGAUCGAGCUGCACUUGAAUGGGCCUCUGCAGUGGCUGGACAAGGUUCUGACCCAGAUGGGGUCUCCAUCGGUUCGCUGUUCCAGUAUGUCAUAAACCCACCGUGGAUGGCAGCCCUCGUGGCAGUCCACAGUCACACGAGAAAAACAACUUGACUGAACAGAGACUUACUACAACCUGUCUUCAGUGCUUGUGACCCCAAUCCAUACUGCCCCCCCCCCCCCCCCCCCAGUACACAUCCAUCUUUGUGCACACAUAAUACACGUCAGCACACACACAGACACACUGAUGUUUUCACUGUUUAAAAUGGAACAUGGCACUUGCUGUUUCAUCAGCAUCACGCACCUUGGAUUUAAUUAUUCUCCCCUCAACCCUGAAUAUUAAAUGUUUUAGUGGUAGAAUUGAAAUGUGUAUCAACGUAGCAGCGUGGAUGGUUGGCAGCAAGAAGAUGGCGGGAAGCUUCCAGUAACAGGCUUCUGUCCGAGUUACUCAAAUCUUUAGCAUGAUGGCUGUUUCAGAAUAUUCCUUUUCUAACAAAUGGUUUCUUCUUCUGGAGAGACUGUCGAAGAGUUCUUUAAGGAAUUGUAUUUGUUUUUUGUUUUAUUUCUGUUAGUUUUUUCUUUCCCCUGACAGGAAUGCCAAAUAAUGACUCUCUUUAUUUUCAUUUUAGCCUUGUACUGGCCAUUUGAAGAGAAUGUUGCCUUUAAAUAGUGGUGUGCAGUUGUUAGACGUGCUGCUUUUUUGAUCUUUGGUGUACAGGUGGAUGGUGGGAUGAUGAUGCAAAACAAGCCAAGUGUUUCCCACUUUGGUUGGGGUCUUUGUGUGGAACGUGGAAGUGGAGCCCUUUGUCUGAGGUCUCUGCCUCUGCCUCUUCCUCUUCCUCUCUUAUUUUUGUUCUCCCAUGUCAACUUCCCAACCCAAGUGCAAGAGGAGGUUUCUUCAUGAGUGUGGCUAACAACUUCCCGGGAGUUCAUUGUACAGCUGUCUGAAUCUUUCACAAUGUAAGCGUGAUAAAGUUUGUGUAUUGGGUAACUCGAUUGUGCAACACCCAAGCAGGCUUACCUACCUGCCCUAUAUUUUCCCCUUUCUUUUAUCUUUGUUCCAGCUAAUUUUUGUAAUUUUAUGUAUUUUUAUAUAUAAAUAUAUUUAAAAUCUCUAUAGCUCACUUCCUUUUUAUUAGAAUUUAAUAUUUUUUUAGGCCAUGUCCUAUUUAUUGAGGAAUAGAGGUUCAAAAUGUCUGUCCAGUAAUGCAAAAAGCAAUUAGGGAAUAAAUACUUAAAUAGAAGCGGUCAUGAGCAAGUGAAGCAGACAGAUGUGUAUGUGGAUGAGUGACAGUGUGGUGUGUGUGUGGUCCCAGUUUGAAUUUUUGUCCAGUUGUAGCUAUCUUUUGUAGCACGCUAAUGUUAUAAUGAGCCAGUAAUAUGAAAAUUUGAAAUUCCUUCAACUGUUUGGAUCACCUCUGUCAGAUUCUCGUCGAGGUUAAAUUGCUUCAGAACUUCCACUGACCUUUACUAACUCUGCAGAAUCAGCUUAUACUUCGCCUCCGGUGUGUAGUGGGGCAGGUUCUUGUUCGUAAGGAAAAGACUGCACAGAAUGGUGUGUGUGUGUGUGUGUGUG